GUUGUACUGGCAGCAAUUUUCUCUGUACACCAGCCAAGUUCGUCAAAUGAUAAUGGCACCAUAUCCUCCGACCAACAACAUGGGCGGAUAUGUGAAAAGGGAAUCCGUUCAGUUGAGAUGUUCUUCUACAGUCUGGAUCGUCUGAAUCAAAACGGCAACAUUUUACGGAAUUUUAAACUGGGAGGCGUUGUUAAAGACUCUUGGUCCAAUGCUGACGAUGCCCUUCGAAGCGCACAAGAAAUCAUCAAAGACCAACCGAAACCGUCAGUGAGUUCAUUCUCUCCCUUUCCUAUGGUGCCUCCUGUGGCUGGGAUGAUUGGACCAGACUCUAUUAGCCAGACCAUAGCAGUCCAGAAAUCCUUAAACUCGUAUGAACUUCCACAGUUCAGCUAUGCGGAAAAAGCUUCCGUGCUGAAGUCAGAGUUCCCGUACUUAGUUCACCUGCUACCCUCCAACACACAACUCGCUAAGGCGUUACUCGACAUUCUUGUGGCAUACAGUUGGUCGUAUAUUUCUGUAGUAACAACUGAAGACUAUAACGGUAUCGACUUACAUAAUGAGUUCACCUACUUUCUGAAGGAGAAUCAUAUAUGCAUUGCCACUCAAGGUAUGCUCCCCAAAGACGCUGAUGAGGCACGUUUUGACGGGGUUAUUUACGACCUGUCCAGAUACGACAAGGCUCGUGUUAUACUGUGUUUAUGUGAUUACCGGACAGUUCGUGGACUAUUACUGGCCAUCAAAAGAAGGGGAAUGGAAGGGCAAUUCGUCAUGGUUGGAGCGAAUGACUGGGUGAGACAGCCGUCUGUAGUUCGGGAUGUAGAGGGCGCUGCACACGGUGGUCUGUCCCUUUUUCAGAGCUAUGAGCCAGUUACCGACUUCGAUGACUACUUUCGUUCAUUACGCCCAGAAUCGAACCACAGAAACCCUUGGUUUAAGGAAUACUGGGAGCAGAAAUUCUCCUGUCGUAUACUCGGAAUGCCCCAUGAUUCGAAUUACAGCAAGGCUUGCACCGGUGACGAGCAGAUUAGAACGGAAUUCGAAGAAAGUCAUGAUUACGGGCUGAUCCAUAAAGCGGUGAACGCCAUAGCUUGGGGUCUGCAUAGGAUUGACGUUCAGGAGUGUGGAGAAAGACGGAAUUGCGACGUCAUGAGGCUGAUCAACGGUGAGCGGUUGCUAGGUUAUAUCAGGCAAACACUUCAACUGGAGAAUUCACCUGCAGGUUCCAUUUGGUUUGACGAAGAUGGGGAGCCCAAGGCAGUCUACGCCAUCCUGAACUAUCAGCACAUAUUCGAUGGUUCGAUAACCGGGAGCUACCGCCCUGUUCAGGUCGGGAUCUGGAACAAUGAUCAACUGGAAAUGGACCAUCAUCCUAUACAGUGGCCCCUGGGGUCGACAAAGGAGGGAAUGGGCCCCCCUCAAUCAGUCUGUAGUCAGCCGUGUUCCAAGGAUUACAUCAGGGUUUUGCAGCACCAGUGGUCGUGCUGUUGGAUAUGUGUGCCAUGUGGACCAGGAGAGAUCUCCGUGGACGAAUACACAUGUGUAGGACUUACAAGGACUGUGCGACCGAAGAUGUUCUAGAUGGUUUUCUGUCGUAUAGGAUCCAUCGUGGAAAAGUCGGUUCAUUUAUAGAGAUUUGCCAAUUGGUUUAUCAAUUUGAUGCAUAUCUGAGAAAGUAGACAUGUUGGUGAAGAAGGACAUUGCAUGAUAACCAUCCUUGUACAUAUGUCCAUUUAUGUAGAAUGUACAAUGUAAGAGCAGUCCACGAUGCAUGUUGCUUCAGUAAAUAAAUCUUAACUAUACGUUUUUUGUUUGGACACGGAGUUAAUGCAAAGAUUAGUAUCUUUCAUUCCAUAAUAUUCAACCCAAUAAACACCAUAUGUGUUCAA